AUGGCAGCUCCUGUCGCCCACAUCCAGACAGGCUCUUACACUCUGCGCAGAGUCCUGUCUGACAUUCCGCUGGCCACCGACUCCCAGGCAACAGGCGUGCGCAUAACAUGUGUUGAAUUCUGGAAUGAGAAUCUGUACAUAGGCACCUCAGCCGCCGAGAUCCUGCACUUCGUUCUUAUCCCCCCCGAGCCAAACGACCCUCUCGGCCAGCCCACUUUCAUCAUCGCCUCGCGCCUGCAACCCGCACACAAUCAGCAGUCCGAUGCCGGUGUCCAGCAGAUCCUGCUGCUACCAAAGGCCAACAAAGCAUGCAUCCUCUGCAACAACACCCUCACCUUCUACACCUUACCGGAGCUCAGUCCGGCCUUCGCCGCGCAGAAGCCCAUCACAUGCGCGUGGGUCGGGGGUGUAGACCUCAACACCGACCUAGAUGAUGGCGAGCAGGGUCAGGUCAUCAUGAUGUGCCUGCGAAGCCGCAUACAGCUAGUCAGAAUUGGAGAAGAGCCACGGAGAAUCAGAAACAUCGAGUUCGGCGGAUGCCUGGCAACUGCUCGCCGAGACGACUUCGCCUGCGCGGCAGACGCCCAUUCCUAUGCGCUCUUGGAUGUCGUACAUCAGCAGAAGAUACCUCUCUUCCCCAUAUCCUCUCUCGACGAGGAAGGCGCCGCCGUAGUGGGUGGUGCGUCUCAAGACAUCUCGUUCCAUCCCCACGGACCCUCAAGGAGCGAAUCAUACAGCAGCGAACUCUCCAAACCGCCCGAAGACCGUGGUCAUGGAAGGAGUACGAGCUUGGGCAUCGAUCACGCAAGGUUGGGAAGUCCGAGUCCAGGCCCAGGACAUAGGAUUACGAGGCACGGCUUUGACGCACCUUCAGGACUUGGUCGAAACUACUCGCCAAGUCCUGCCAGAUCUUCUGAACCGACCUCUGCCCCGCAGACAGAAACCCCUGAUAAGGCACUUCCACCUGCCCCUUCGGAGACUCCUGACACGAGACGCCCAUCGCCGCCGCCCCGGAAAGCGUAUAUUCCCUUGAAACCCCAUGUUGUAUCUCCCACGCCUACGGAGUUCCUGCUCACCACCGGCACACACCCAGACGAGCCAGGUGUGGGCAUGUUCGUCAAUCUCGAUGGUGAUGUAGUACGCGGCACGCUAGAGUUCGAAUGUUAUCCGGAGUCCUUGGUUGUAGAUGGAUCUGGAAUAGAUUUGGCAUCUUCGUUGAUGGAUCCCAGCGCAGUCCCCGAAGAGGGCUUCAUCCUCGCGGUCAUGAAGCGCAACACCGAAGAUGGCUCUCGUAGUGCAGUAGAGGUACAGCGUUGGGAUUUGGAUCCUACCGAGGGCGCACCAAAGAAGGAAUGGCUCAACUUGAGCUUGCUCUCGAGUGGACUACGUGACGAGGACAGUAUCGCCCGUUACAGCUCGCAAUCUCUCGGCAUUCGUACCGUGGCCACACAGAGCGAAGUCAAUUUAUCGGAGAUUAGCGACAUCCUGUCCCUGAAGCGUCUCAAUCUGCAGACUCAAGCUACGUCUGGUGAUGCGCCUGAGUAUGACCAGAAAGCAGAGGCUGAUAAGGAGCGAGACGAAGUUGCAUUCACCAGCCGCCUAUGCAGGUUCAAGUCACGCAACCUGCUAUGGAACGACGAGGAGGUAUGGUGGGUCGUGCGCAACCCUCUGAUUGUCCAGCUCGACGCGCAGUUGCGGCUCGCUCAGUCGUCUACGCCCGGCUCCGACAAGAUAGAGCCCAAUCCCCAGAGCGUCCACUACGUUCUCAACGGAAUCAGGGGAAUGGAACCUCGCACCGAAGCCGAGUUCCUUGGAAUUACCUAUAUCCGGCAGAAAGCAUCCUUGCUUCUGUUCAUGGACUUGAUACUCCGCACAUGGUCUGGAGUGGUAGCUUUUGACGUCAACAAGCGUAUGACCGAAGAAGCGUUAGUCGACGGCGAUGUAGACCCACGCAUCAUCCUCGCUCUGCUUCCCACAUUGAACGACGAGGUCGUGCAAGGCAAACAGGGCAUCUGGGUUCAAGGAGGCCUGAAAGAGGUCGUCGAGAAAUUCCUCUCUCAGCACGACGUGUCCGCGAUGCCAAUUGACCCGGCUGGGCCGUUCGGAGACAACCUGCUCCAGCUUGUGAAGCGUUACUUGCUUGCAUGGAGGCGGAAGAAGGGGUUCGGCAGCGUCGCCGAUGAACUGGAAGUCUUCAGCACGGUUGACGCGGCUUUACUCCACGUGCUCUUGCUUUUAGAUACCCAAAGCCCUCCUGGUCCGGCAACCAUGGGAUCGAUCAGAGCCGAGCUGAACGCUCUCGUAGACAACGGCGUUGACAGCUGGGAUCGAUCAAUCGUGCUUUUGGAGCAGUACAACCGCCUGUAUAUCCUCAGUCGUCUGUACCAGAGCCGUAAGAACUCCACCAUGGUAUUGCACACCUGGAGACGCAUCAUCGACGGAGAAGCAAACAAGGGUGGGGAUUUUGUUGACGCUGAGAACGAGUUCCGCAAAUACCUGAGCAAGAUACGGGAUCAAUCCAUGGUGGAGGAGUAUGGAACUUGGUUGGCCAACCGCAACCCCAAGCUUGGUGUGCAGGUGUUUGCGGACGAGAACAGCAGAGUCAAAUUUCGGCAUGAUGAGGCAGUAGCGCUGCUACGAGAGCGGGCUCCCGCCGCUGUGAAGGAGUAUCUUGAGUAUCUCGUCUAUGGCAAGAAGCAAACUCAAUACGCCAACGACCUCAUCUACUACUAUCUAGACAUAGUCGUCAAGCAGCUCGAAACCUCCGAAGACGCCAAGUCGAUCCUCAUGGACACCUACGAAACAUACCGAGCUCUGCGCCCUCCUAAGCCCACCUACCGGCAAUUCAUAACCGAAAACGCGCUCCCCGCCGAAUGGUGGGACAGCCGACUACGCCUGCUCCAACUGCUCGGCAGCAACCAGACGUCAUCGUCAACCUACAACGUCAGCACGAUCCUCAGCCGGCUGGAGCCCUACGAGCGCGAGCUCGUGCCCGAGAUGAUCAUCCUCAACGGGCAGCAAGGGCGGCAUGAAGCGGCGCUGCGGCUGCUCACGCACGGCCUCGGCGACUUCGACACGGCAAUAAGCUACUGCCUGCUCGGGGGCUCGAGCAUCUACCGGCCCGUGGGGCGCAGCGUGGCGCCGUCGGCGCUGCCGACGCGCGACGAGCAGGCGCGCCUGUUCGGGUACCUGCUGCGCGAGUUUCUGGCCAUUGAGGACGCGAGCGACCGGGUGGAGCGGACGGGCGAGCUGCUCGAGCGCUUUGGCCCGUGGUUCGAGGUCGAGGACGUGCUGCGCUUGAUUCCGGACGCGUGGAGCUUGGACUUGUUUGCGGGCUUCUUGAUCAGUGCGCUGCGCCGGCUGGUGCGGGAGCGGAACGAGACGGGCGUGGCGAAGGCGCUGUGCGGGGCGCUGAAUCUGAGGACGAGUGCGGAGGUGGUGGAGAAGGUGGAGGAGAUGGGGUCGACGAGGGAUGAUGGUGUUGGUGCAGCGGGGGCCCCGGUCGAUGCGUGA